AAGUGAAUGAAGAUCUUACUGUCGUAAUGAGACAAAGCCCUAUAGAUCUGCAAGUCACCAUGCAGCAGAGGUGGUCUGUGUUCUGCUUUUAUCUACUCACUACUCACAGAAUAGGAGGAGAUCACUUACUUCAUUUCAGACUCGAAAACAAACAGGGAGGGAGGUAGAGACAGAGAGAGAGAGAGAGAGAGAGAGAGAGAGAGAGAGAGAGAGAAGAGCACAACAUCUAGAAGAGCCAUAGAUUAGUACCAGGCAGUGACACGUGACCACAUUUUUGCACACUCUAAAAAAAGGACCGUGUCAGCACCAGCCCACUAGCCCCAUGGUUCAGAAACAUAAGCUGGUCUUAUUAUAGAUUUACUUCAACCUAACGUGACUUGGUCAGAUUCAAGCAGUAACACGACAAAUUUCAACCUCUGGGUGCCAUGGCAGAAGAGGGAGUCACCAUUUCUCAUGGAAUCUCAUGCCCUGUACGGCACAAGGUGCAUUUUGAAAAAAAGGACCUAGAAAAGUGUAAAGAAAUCCAUCAGUUGUUUGCCUUGCCAGGACUUGGACAGCAGGAACUUAAACUGGACACCAGAAGCAGUACUGGAUUUGUAGGCAGUGACGAGGAUUUAGGCGAGCCCCUGUUCCGAAUCCUCCUGGAUGUGACCCAAUUCAAACCCGAAGACAUUCUUAUCCAGGUGUUUGAGGGGUGGCUGAUGGUCCGAGGGCAACACGGGGCACGGAUGGACGAGCACGGCUUUGUGUCACGAAGCUUCACCAGACAGUACCAGCUGCCUGAUCAUCAAAUGCAGGCAGGAGACCUGACAGCCAUACUGUGUCAUGAUGGAAUAUUGGUGGUGGAAACCAAAGAGAGAUGGUGGGCAGCAUCUGAUUAGCUCUUGACAUGGAUGUCAUUUUAAGCAUGUGGGGUUAUUCUCUGAGUGGUAAAAGGAAAUUAGUGAAAUAUUGAUUGUGUAGUGUGCCAAUGUGUACAACAGUGUAAUAUUCUGCUUAUAUUUGACCAUUUUUUACAACAUACAAUAUACUCUUUUCCAGCAUGUGCAAAAUAAAUAUGAAACAUCAUAUUUUUUAUAUUCGAAAGAUGAAUGGAAGUGUAGACCAGAUGUUACAACAUAGAUAAUAAAGAUAUAUAUUUAAACCUCGGUGCUGUGUUUUAACCUUAAUUCACACCGAUAUAACAUCUCAUGUCAUUACGUAAUAUUUCUGUGCACAAUAAAAUAGCACAUGUUAAAAUAUUUAUACUUUGUCUUUCCCUUUUUGAAUGUAAAAGAAGUAUUCUCUAAUAACUUGUGGUAUACUAGCACUUUG